AUGUCUUGCGGCAAACGUCCUCUGGUAAAAAACUGGGACAAACCGAAGACCUUGCGAGUAAUAACCGCCUCAAAAUAUGAACAAAAUGAAGACUCUGUUAAAGUUCAUUGGAGAAAUGUUAUUCACAACUUGGAAUUGUCUUAUAAAGAUGAAACGUUUUGGGAAUCCAACUACAACACCGUGCGGGAGUUGGUCGGGCCAGUUAUAUUUAAAAGGGUCACGAAAAUAUUUAAUCUGCCUUCGGAUGACAAGAUAUACGUCCCCCAGUCGGAGACGUCAACUCCUCAACCCUCUGAAGUAUUUUACCGUGCCACGGCUGCAGCGUCUGCGAGUCGUAUCCAAGCCACCUUUUCGGUAACGGAUUUUGAUGACUCGAUGUAUGAUGAGGUGGAAGAAGAGGAUGCGAUUGAAGAACAGUCUGUAUGGACCGAGUCGUCGAUACAGUCCGCGGAUUUGAGACGGUCGUCGCGGUCGAAAUCCAUGACGAGGUCGAAAUCGAUGAGCACGACGAGGGCACGAAAGUCCAUGUCGAAAUCGUUUUCUCGUGUCAUGUCCAAGAAUGUUGUAAAGUCUAUGUCCAGACAGUCUAGGGCUAAAUCUGAACAAUCGAUGGGGGAUGACGGUUCACCUGCCCACACUUUGGAUGAUUUGAUAGUUCAUGCAUGCUCUAGAGGAGGAAGGCGAACUCCAUAUCGAAAGAUAACCAGAAAUCCCCAUUUCGACAUGUUAUAUUGCAGUAAAUCGGAAACGGAUAUGAUUAAGUGGAAAUCAAAGUAUAAGCAGAAGGGCUUUGAAGUGUCUGCGUCUGAUGAGUUUAGUAAGAAAGCGGAGAUAUUAACUAAAAAGAUAGCAAAGGAGUUCUACGAUUGGUGGACUGGCCUGGGAAAUGUCGAGUUUAAAAGUGAAAUAAAGAGACCCGAAGACAUUGAGGAUCUGUUCCAAGUAUGGUUUGAUGAACAUGCUUCGAGGGGACUUGUGUUGGAUCCUAAAAUCCUUCCUUGUGUGCUGCAAAGCAUUGCCGAUUACGUUGGAGUUAAGAAGGCCGGCUGUCCUGGUGUACUGAAACGGCAGAUAGCACAUGACAUCCACGCUGAAACCAGCCCGGCACACGUCCUUGCUUUCGGCACUUGCUUGCCCCAGAAGUAUAAACAUAUCCCACCACAGAAUAACACGAAAGAAAUGUGGCAUUCGUUGAAGAUACCGGAGGAUUUGAAGACUAUGUCUGCCGUGUGGGAUGACAUUCAGCAUCUAACGUCAACAAAAGCGUUCCACGCAUGGCUCCGAAAGCGGCCACAUCUACCGAUGCCACCAUUCUUUAGAUCCCUAGAAAAACCAGGGGAAAAGAAACUGCCCUUUGUGAUCCCUUCUGAUAUUGUCGUCAGAGACAAGGCGUCUUCUUUGUCUGCGCAAGAGUUGGCUCUACCCGUCUCUCAAUUCGAUUUAGAACUCAAAGAAGUUUUGAGCAAAUUACUCAAUGAAUAG